CUCAGUGGCUCAAAGGAAACACGUUUCUCCUUUGUCUUGUGUUCCCUUGUAGUGGAUGGCUGCAUUAUUCCCGAACUAUGUAGCACUUGUUGUUGUUCAGUGUUACAGUAGCUAGGCUAAUGUUUUCAAAACAGACUAUGUUUAUUUGUAUAUUGAGAGCAGUUGCAAUGUACCAAAUGCCAUGAUAUUGAAUGCAUUAUUAUAUUGUGUCAAUUAUCGGAAGUUGAACCUCAGGUAUGACCCAUGGAAGCAGAAGGGAGUUUGUGUAAUGCCCAACCCAGUUAAAAAGGUGAGAAGAGCAGACAAACUACUCCAGAAGUUAAAGGGACCAGACAACAAGGAAUCACAUGAUCUCAGGAAACUUCUGUCCCUGCUUGAAACUAAUGCUCACAGACACCAGGUGGCAGCAUUGAGACAGUCAUGUAAGGUCCGCAACAGUGGAGGAAGAUCCCAGACCACUCUCCAGCUAAAUAAUGCCAGCAACAAUAGGAGUCAGAUUCACAUAAUCUCUGAAGAUCCUGAGCUGGAGAAAUUCAGAAAUCAACAUUGUUUCAACAGUCAUCCUCAACAUAAGCUCUUUUUGGAGAUCCUUACCUCUUUGGUCAAGAACAGGCUGUGCAGUUGCCGCCUUCUAUCCCGCUCACUCCCUCUCCAGUACAUGGAGUUGAUGUGCAGCAGUUAUGUGGAGUGUGGAAAGCAGACAUUUGCCAUGGAGAAGUUGGUCACUAUGACAUAUAUGUUUCAGAAACUGUCUGCAGUGGAGGACCAAAGGCAGUGGGUUAUUGAGAGUGGAGCUCAUAAGGUAAACAAUUGUAAAAAUUGCACUGCUGUAACGGCUGUCUUCGUCGUCAGAUGAAACAGAUAAGUCAUCGUCCGAAAAGGUGGACCAAUACGCA